AUGGGGAGCGAAAAGUACCUGCCGGAGCUUAUGGCAGAGAAGGACACGCUGGACCCGUCUUUCCAGCACUCCCUGCGGCUACUGGAUCAAGAAAUCGAGAAAAUCCAGAAAGAUGACGGGAAGGAGGAGGAGAAGUUCAUCGACGUUGUCAUCAACAAGAACAUGAAGCUGGGCCAGAAAGUCUUAAUCCCGGUGAAACAGUUUCCUAAAUUUAACUUUGUCGGCAAACUGCUCGGGCCCCGGGGGAACUCGUUAAAGAGGCUACAGGAGGACACCCUCACAAAGAUGUCCAUCCUCGGAAAGGGAUCCAUGAGAGACAAAGAAAAGGAAGAGGAGCUUCGGAAGAGCGGCGAGGCCAAGUAUCACCACCUGAACGAAGACCUCCACGUUCUCAUAGAGGUGUUUGCUCCGCCGGCUGAGGCCUACGCCAGGAUGGGUCACGCCUUGGAGGAGAUCAAGAAGUUUCUCAUACCGGAUUACAAUGACGAAAUCAGACAGGCCCAGCUGCAGGAGCUCACCUACCUGAAUGGCGCCUCCGAGGAUGCCAAGGUGCCGUCGGUCAGGGGCAAGCCAGCGUCGCGUGGAAGAGGGACGCCUGUUCCGGGGCCUCCCAGGAGUCGAGGAGGAGUGCCUCCCCUCCACGCAGCGGUGCCCAGAGGAGCAGCGCCCAGAGGGGCUCCGCUCAGCCGAGCGCCGUCUUCCAGAGGGAGAGGAGUGCCGGCGCAGAGAGGCAGAGGUGCACCUCCGCCCACAGGAUACAGACCUCCCCCGCCCAUAGUGCAGGACUCCUACGGUGAAUAUGAGUACGAUGAUGGCUACGGGACGGCGUACGACGACCAGGGAUACGACUCCUACGACACCAGCUACAGUAACAUCGGGCCCAACUCGGAGGACUACUACGAAUACGGACACAGUGGGGAAUCGUACGACUCCUACGGUCAGGAGGAGUGGGCCAAUAAUCGCAGCAAGGCGCCGCCAGCACGAACAACCAAGGGAGUGUACAGAGAGCAGCCCUACUCCAGAUAUUGAACUGUUUGCGCAACCUCCACCCGAGUCCUCGUGGCCGUCUCCGCUCAAGUAAUGGAUUUUUUUACGGACGCUCCCACCUUUUUAGCAUUGAAAUCAAACGAAAGAUAACACAGUGGAAAUGGUGACAUUAAACACGACAUUUUUUUUU